CAAUCUUAUCAUUUUUAAUCACAACUAAAUUGAAGAAAAGAAUUAGUCCAAUUUGUUGAUGGGAUACUAUAAUCAAAAUCAUCAAUAUAAUCAAAAUGUGUUUGUGUUUGCGGAAACAUUCGUCAUUUUCCCCAAGAAAAGUUGAAGUUGAAUAUGAUAAGCAAAGACGUAAUGCUGUAUUUCAAAGUGGAAUUGACAUAUCUGAACGAAUACAGUUGGAUCCUAAGACACAAGAAGAAGAAGAUCUCAUAAGAACCGCUAUAGAAAAUAAUGAUUUCAUGACCAAAAUCUUAUUUGGAGACAUCCUUAAGGCUGUCAUUCCAACCAUGUAUAAAAGGUUUAUAAAUGCCGGUGAUGUGAUCAUAAAAGAAGGCAACAAAGGUUCCCAUAUGUAUGUCUCCAUAACAGGAAAAUUUGAAGUAUCCAAUCAAAAUUUCAAAAAUACCUUUGAAGAUGUUAGAGUAUUCGGCGAACUGGCUAUUAUCUAUGAUGCUAAAAGGUUAGCGACUAUAAAAGCGCUAACGGAUGCAGAAAUAUGGGUUUUGGAUGCAGUCACCUAUCAACAAGUGCUGAGGAGAUACAAUGUGAAGGAACAAGAAGAACGGGUUAAUUUUUUGAUAAAAAAUGAUAUUCUUAAAAACGCUGGGGAAAAGGUGCUCAAAUCUGCUGCAAACUCAUUAAAAUCUGAAUCUUUUAAAGGAGAUACAGCUAUCGUAACAGAAGGCGAAAAAGGUGACAAAUUUUAUAUCGUUCGAGCGGGAACAGUGACUGUAACAAAAAAAGGGGAAGACUUUAUCCAAACACACGGGAAAGGUUACUGCUUCGGUGAGCGAGCUCUGCUGGAAGAAACUUGUAGGCAGGCUACUGUGACUGCUAAUCCCCCAUUGGUGGAAUGUCUUACAUUAUCCAGAAAAUCCUUUUUUGAACUUACGGAAUAUCUUAAAAUUAUUCCACCAAAAUUGUCCGUAGCAAAGCCUAAUAUUUAUCAGGAUAUUAAACUAGAAGAUUUAAAAAUUUGUUUUACCUUGGGUAUAGGUGGAUUUGGUCGCAUCGAAUUGGUCAAACACAAUGAAACUAAUAAAUUGUUCGCCCUAAAAUACAUGAGUAAGAUUGAUGUCGUCCGAGACAUGCGUCAACAACACGCCAUUAAUGAAAGAAAACAAAUCCAAUGUUCUUCUCCGUUUAUUUUAGAUAUGUACAAGACAUUUAGGGAUAAUAAAUUUGUUUAUUACUUACUGGAGGCUUGUCUAGCUGGAGAUCUAUGGAACAUUCUUUAUAGAGAAAUCCCUGAUAAACGGUUCAAAGAAAAAGAAGCCAAAUUUAUAGUCGGCUGUGUUCUAGAAGCUAUCGAAUACUUGCAUUCGAACGAAAUGAUAUUUAGGGAUCUGAAGCCGGAAAACGUGUUAUUAACGUCUAACGGAUAUUUUAAACUAACAGAUUUUGGAUAUGCCAAAAAAUUACCCAGAUUUGAAAAGACUUUUACUUUUGCUGGAACCAUUGAAUAUGUAGCUCCAGAAGUGGCAUCUAAAAAAUCAUAUGAUAGAGCGGUAGACAUAUGGACAAUUGGAAUUUUUACUUUCGAAAUGCUCUCUGGAAAAACACCAUUCGCUGGUUCAACAGAGAGCUCAACGUUCAAAAAAAUUUUAGACGGCAUCGAAAAAGUUAAUUUUCCAAAUUUUGUACCAGCGGCAGCCAAAGAUUUAGUUCUUAAACUUUGUCGUCAGAAUCCACAAAAUAGAUUAGGUAUGGAUGAAGGAAUAGCUAAGAUAAAAUCUCAUAGAUGGUUUAACGGAUUUAACUGGAACAAGCUUCAAAAUCUCGAAAUGGUAUCUCCUUUUAUGGCAAGAGCAAAAAAGAAUAGAAAUCCAGAUAUGUAUACCCCUGAUAAAAAUAUUCCCGAAGAUGAGUUAUCUGGUUGGGACGAAGAAUUUAAAUAAAUUAUUAGCAUUAAUAUUUAUAAUU